GAAGAGAAGCAGCUUAGCCUGUCCAAGUGUGCGUAGAGUGUGUGUGUGUUUGUCGUGAAGUCGUUGAAAACUGUUUCCUAGGUAUCCAGGAUCCAAGGAUCUAUCCAGGAUAACCGUUGUGCGUCAAUUGCAACCAACAAGUUCGAGAAGCACAACUCACUACAGACCUGCAUUGUAAACAUUUAAGCCCAAAGGUUAUCCCAAGGACCUCCCAGCCAACAUGCAGUCAUCUAUGAUGGAGAAGCUUGGCUUCCUAUACAAACCGUACGUGCUGGCCGUGCUAACGAUCGGUUACAUUGCUGGCGAGCUCGGACACUACCUUAUCGGCGUCACCUCGAAAGCAACAGCCAUCGAGCUGGUGUACGGCGAUCAAGCUUGUCAGCAGAACCACACCGAUUUCCUGCGCCACGAGCUCCCGGCCCAGUGCGCCGAAUUUAUCAUCGAACACGAAUGUCACAACCAACACAUCAACGGUACGGUGUACUGCGAGUGGAAUUACAACGGGCUCGGGCUCGAGUAUCAGCUGUUGGCCGGUCCAAGCUUCAUCGCCGUGUUUACGGUGAUGGGUGUAGUGCUAGGCGUGGCCGCCGAUCGGUUCAAUCGCGUGCGAAUGCUUUUCGUGUGUACGCUCGUGUUCGCCGUGGCCAUCCUGCUCCAGGGUACGGUCAAGGAGUACUGGCAUUUGAUAUUACUACGCAUGGUCAUGGCGGCGGGUGAAGCCGGUUGCAAUCCGCUCGCCACCGGCAUCAUGUCUGACAUCUUCCCGGAGAGCAAACGAGCCCUCGUAAUGGCCAUCUUUAACUGGGGCAUCUACGGUGGAUACGGCAUCGCGUUCCCUGUCGGACGAUACAUCACCAAACUUGACAUCGGUGGACUGGGUUGGCGAGUGUGUUAUUACGGUACGGGAGUGCUGGCCCUUAUUAUGGCCGUGCUUACCGGCACGACGCUGCGUGAACCGGAACGCCGGAGCAUCGGGGAGGACGCAUCGGCCAAAGUAAAGGUUAACCUGUGGAAAAUUCUGACGCAGCCACGUGUCCUGCUGCUCAUGUUUGCAGCAUCGAUCCGCCACUGCGGUGGUAUGACCUUCGCGUACAACGCGGAUCUGUACUAUAACAUUUACUUCCCGGACGUUGAUCUCGGUUGGUGGCUGUUUGCCGUGACGAUCGGUAUCGGAAGCAUCGGUGUGGUCGUCGGUGGCAUCGUGUCGGACAAGUUCGUCGCCAAAAUGGGCAUCAAGUCACGUGUGGCUUGCUUGGCCAUCAGUCAGCUUUUGGCCACUCCGUUUGCAUUCGGUUCCGUCUACUUCGAACCACUCUGGGCGAUGAUCACGCUUGGAAUUAGCUAUUUCUUCGCUGAGAUGUGGUUCGGCAUCGUCUUUGCCGUGCUGGUCGAGAUCGUUCCUCUACAGGUUCGUUCGACCACUAUCGGUGUCUUCUUGUUCGUAAUGAACAACAUCGGUGGCAACCUGCCGAUUCUCGUCGAUCCUCUUGCCAAGGCCAUCGGCUACCGUGGAUCGGUCAUGUUCUUCUACGCCGGGUUCUACGGCGUCAGCACGCUGUUGUUCUUUGUCACGAUGUUCUUCAUGGACGGACCGAAACAAGAAGCGGCUGCCAUUGGCCAUGAUGCGACAAGCCACGCCAACCAUGUGGAAAUGGGCCACGAGAACAAUACAUUCCAGCCGGAUGAUUACCUGCCGCCACCUCUCACCAACGGAGCAAAUGGUCAUCGCAACAUAGUCAGUGUACGGCCAUCGGAAAGCAGCCGGCUUUGAGAUGGAGGAAUAACGCGGGAUCCACCCAAGGGCCAGACAACGUAUGGGUCUCCAGUUCUACGACAACCACUCGCAAAGUACCUCUGUGCCUAGACUGUACAUGUUUUUAUUAUUUUAUUUUAUUGUUUUAUGUAAGCGCUAACGAUGCCACAGGCCUUAAAGGGACGUAGGAGAGCAAGUGGCAAAGAUUGUGCCCCUCCAGAAUCUCAAAUCGCGAAAGGGCAAGAAUCUCGCUAACGAUUAAGCUGUAAGAUAUUUAUACCCAUCGAUGUCGAUGGUAAGAGCAAACGAAAGCAGAAAUAGCUAUCUUAACUACAAUCAAGAAAAAUGACAGAAAUCUUUUAAGCAACCAGAAAUUUGAUUACGCUUUUAACAGAGCUUUGACAUACAGUACAUUCCAGCCACAUCUGUUCAGAGCGUAUUUGUGUAGAUAUUCUGCUUUUUUGGACAAAUAAAAAAUAAAGCUAAUCU